AUGGCUACAGUCGCAUCACAAGUCAUCCUCCACCCUUAUGUGUCUCAGUCCUUGAAAUUUGGAUCGUUCAAUGUCGGCCGGGAUAAGCUCUACCGCACAGUUCAGUAUUUCUCUCGGUUUCUCGCCUGGUUUCUCGUCUCUCGGGGUAACAAGGUCGAAGCUGCUCGAUGGACAGCUCUCAAGAGUCACCUAGGGAUUGUCCGUAAACUCAUGCGACUUGGGAAACCUGUAGAGCACCUCCAAGCCGCAUUGCGUGUUGCUUCAUCAUCGGGUGAAGUUGGUGAACAAGUGACUAGCAUCGGCCGGCAGCUUGCCUACUUCGGGUAUCUCACAUAUGACACAGCUCUGUGGGCGAACGCCGCAAAGUUCAUUGCUCUCAAGCCCGGCACUGCUGAGAGGGUCACAAAGACAUCCAACAGAUUCUGGCUGGCUGGAAUCUUAUUCAGCAUUACGCAUGGACUACUGAAGGCCGGACGACUCGCUCACGACGCAAAGAAAUUGCGUAACUCCGAGACCUGGGGAGAAAAGGAUCUCAGCGAUGAAGCUCAAAGAGAAGUCAGGCAACUCGCGCUUGAAAACCUGCGCGCGGACACACGCCACCAAUUCAUCAUCGACCUUUUCGACAUUUGGAUACCUGCUUCCAACUUGGGUCUCGUCAAUGUCAAUGACGGGGUUGUUGGCUUUGCUGGUUUCAUUUCCUCUCUCAUGGGUCUUCGUGCUCAAUGGCUUGCAAUCAACAACGGAAAGAAAAACUGA